AUGACCAAUGUUAUCACCCGAAAUCUCCAUUUUUAUUAUGAAAUCAUCGUUUUUGUGGCAUCAUGGUUCCUUGGAUUCUUGGUUCUCUACGUGGUGAAGACCCGAACCCCAAAAUACCUUCGCAAUUACAGUAGGAUGAUUACGUGGAAUACGAUCGUCGACCUCUUCUUUUCAUUGGUGUCUGUGAUUCUAAUGGGGGUAGGUUUGAAAUAUUUUUUGAAUUACUUUUUUGUGUAUGCCAUUUUUUAAACUAAAAUAGAACACUGCGUAUUUUACUACGAAUUUAUAUAAAUUCCAUGUUUUAGAUUUAUCCCCCAUUUUCAGACCCUUGACGUCCGCUCCGGCCUCCUCUACAUUGUCGUCGACAACCCUUACCAUCCCAUCAACAAAUGCCUUGGCGCCUUCACCGCCUCUCUAUGGACCUUCUCCGUGUACUUGACAGUCAUCGCGAUCCCGUUGCAAUUCAUUUAUCGCCACAGUUUAAUCGCUCGAAACAAGUCUUACUCUACUGGCAAACUGACACUGAUUAUUAUGGGAUUUGUCACCUACGCGCUCAUCCAUUCGGCUCUGUGUCCAGCCACAAUGCAGACGCGCACUCCCGAAUACGACGCCAUUCUGGAGCAGAACCCAAUCUUCCACAAGAACUUGCCUAGCGCGUAUUUGGUGGGCGAUGCAAAGAAGUCGACGGCUUAUUUCAUCCAUAUUUGGCAUUGCCAGAUCUUUUUGAUCCUGUCUUAUGCAAUAACAGUAGUGGUGGGAUACAAGACAUUCAAGGAGAUCAGAUCCAACAGACAUGAGCUGACUGAAGAGAGGCAGGAAAUGCAAAGGGAAAUCAGCAAAAUCAUGGUGUUGCAGGUGGGGUUUUUUGAACUUUACUCUCUAAAAAGGUUGUACAGGGUGCGCCAAAAAAAAGGAAACUCAUGUUUAUAGCUAUAUUUUAUUUAUCAACGUAUAUUUAGUAAUAGUAACAAUCAAUAACAGUAAUACGGAGUUUAGUAACUAUUAUGUUCAACCGGUUUCGGCGUGGCCCCUUUCGCGGCGAUAAAAAGGUCCAAAAUCGAGGUCCUUAUGUUUGGCAUCCUAAAAAGACAUGACAUUUAAAAGAUAUGGACAUAAAAAUGACAGGACUAGGACAAUAAAACACGGAAAUUUCAAUAGUAAAACAAUCAUUGGGCUAUACCUAAAAGUUUUCGCGCUAGGACCCGCGAAAAAAGUUUCCAUGUUUUUGCAGCACCCUUACAAAACGGUGUAAACGGACUAGAACGUAAGCAACAAGUAUAAAAAGGUAAAAUACGUUCGCGAAAAAUAGGAUUCUUUUAUGAUUUUAUCAGAUUUAGACGAGACAUAGCUCCAUUGAAGAGUUGGGGUUUUCCAGAAACAAACAGGUUUUUUAUGGUCAAAAAGUUGGUCAAAAUUCGACGGUUUUUUUGUAGGUGCAUGAAAAAUUUCAGCCUCUUCAUGUCACUCUGUCGGGAAAAUAAUGAAUAUAAUGCUGUUCCACCGACACUGAAUUGAAAAGCUACUACAGUGAGGGACCUGAUUCAGUGGCCAAAAACGUACUAUUUUGUAUCCGGGAAGUAUCAAAAAUGUAGCAAAAUGCUUCCCUCUCCAAGUGAAAAAGCUCAGAUUUCAAAAGCGCGCCCGCUCUUUUUUUGUGAGGCAAAAGGGCGCGCCCUUCAAAACGAAGUUUUUUCACUUGGAGGGGGGAAGCAUUUCGCCACAUUUUAGAUACUUUCCAGAAGCAAAAUGGUACUUUUUUUGCCACUGGAUCAGGUCCCCCUCUGUAUUUGAUCUUGCCGCGAUACAAUUCAUUUUUUUCGAUUGCGAUGCUUUUUUUUGAUGCGACAUUACGCUCAUUAUUUUCCCGACAAACUGAUAGUUCUAAUGCAACAUUUCUAAAGAAGUUCUUUUGUAAAUUGUGCUGACUGCUUCACGAUGUAUAUUUUCAGGCAAUCUACCCCAUAAUCGCAUUGGUUAUUCCCCUACUUGUCAUUGUCGCGGUUCCCUUCAUCUCCGACGAAACCGGUGGCCAACACUUUUAUUGGGUUGGAAUGGUCGGGAUUGGAUUGGUCAACCUGAUUCCGAUUCUGAAUUCUCUUUCUGUCAUCUUUGUCAUUCCUCAGUAUAGAAGUGUUUUGGGAAUAUCGGACUAAAAAAUUUAUUUUUUUUUCGUUUUUUUUCUCGAGUAUAAAAAAAUUCACCGUAUUUAAAAAAAUUAUUGUUGUGGUGUUGUAUAUUUCAUUUUUUUUGAUUUUGAAAUUUUCAACGGUCUCUGAGAUUGUUUGUUAUACACAGUUUUCGAGCACUCUUUUACGCCGAAGAAAUGCAAAUUUUCAUUUGAAAAUCUUGAUGAUUUUUUCUGAAGGCUGAGUUAAAAGUCACAGAUAGGUUACAAAAAAAAGAUUUUCUAUUUUUUCUCAAGUUUCAAAGUUUCAUUAGGAGUUGAAAUUACUCUAAAAUUCCCAAAAAAUUACAAAAAUGUUUUACCUUCACAAAAAAAUUUUAUUUUUAAAAAUUGAAUUAAUUAAGAAAGGAUAUGAUUUGGUAAACGUAUUUUACACUUAUUUUUUCAAUCGAACUUCCAUCUGGCUAUAUACCACGUUGAGUUCAAAAAAUUAAAAAUAAACUCAAAAAAUGUCUCUUUCUCUCUACUACAAUAUAAACCGAAGGGCAAUUAUUCGGGAAGCGCGAUUGAAUCGUCAAAAAAUUAACCUUGAAGUUGUGUGAUUGGAUAAUUUGCUGCUUUAUAACCGGCAACAAAGCCCGGGUUUCCUAUUGAAUUUUUGCUUUUUAAUCUCUCGUUUCGCCCGUGGAUUACUGUAAUUUUGCAAGAGCAAUUACAGUGUUUUGGUUGUUACUGGUCUUUGUGCUGAAUAAAAAACGUAUUUUAAAAAAGCUUUUUUUGAAAUUUUUGUUGUUUUGCAAGUCCCUGAGUUUUUUUUCAGAGAUAAAAUUUCCCUGGUAAUGUCGGGAAAUGUGACACGAACCGUUCAUUUUUACUUUGAAAUCGGCGUUUUCCUCGCAUCAUGGCUCCUUGAAUUCUUAGUACUCUACGUGGUUCAGACACGAACUCCGAAAUACCUUCGUGCUUACGGCAAGAUGAUAGCGUGGAAUACGAUCGUCGACCUGUUCUUCUCAUUGGUUUCGGUGGUUCUAAUGGGGGUGGGUUUGAGUUGUUUCUUAUUCACUUUGGCACUGUGAAAGGGCUUGGAGUUAUCCAAAAAUAGUAGAGAACGUCGUCGCUUGGGAAAGCCGACAAUUCGCGAAUAGAAUAUUUUUUUGCUAGCCAAGUCUAAUUGGUAAUCAAAGCUCAAAAAAAUAUGAAUUUGAAGUCUCCUUCCACUAUCCAUGCCCUUAAUUGGGCCUGGAACGAUCUUUCCCGAGAAAAAAAAUCAAUUUCCGAUAUACUAUCAGUCUGUCGGGAAAAUAGUGGGCCUUUUGUCGCUGCGCCAAUCAUUUCUGAACUGAAAAGCAAUUUGAUUUUUUUGAGAUCCAUUCAGUUUCUUGGCGGUGAUGCGAUUUCUGAUGCGCCCAAGUUUUCUUUAUUUUCCCGACUGACUGAUAUGUUAGCCACGAACUGAAUUAUACAUUUCGUAAACGUUCAGACCCUCGACGUUCGCUCUGGUCUUCUCUACAUUGUGAUUGACAAUCCGUAUCACCCAACGAACAAGACAUUGGGAGCUUUCUCCGCUUCUUUAUGGACCUUUUCCCUGUACUUAACGGUCCUUGCAAUUCCGUUGCAAUUCCUUUACCGCUAUGGAAUUCUCGCUCGAAGCAAGCCUUAUUCCAAGGGCCAGAUCUUAAUAAUGAUUUGUGGUUUUGUGGUCUACGCCUUGGCCCAUUCGGCGUUGUGUCCGGUGACGAUGCAGAAUCGGAGCAAAGAAUACGACGAGCUUCUGGAGCUGAAUCCGAUUUUCCAGAAGAACCUGCCCAAUGCGUAUCUAGUUGGGGAUGCGGUAAGACAAUUUUGGGCGUAAAAUUAAACAUGUACCGAAUUCAGAGAACCUCACACGCAAAUCGCCUGCAUAUCCUCCAUUGUCAGAUCAUUUUGCUGGUCUCUUAUGGCGUUACAAUUGUCGCUGGUUAUAAGACGUUCAAAGCGAUCAGAUCGAACAGACUUCAGUUGAAUGAAGAAAGGGAGGAAAUGCAGAGGGAGAUCAGCAGAAUCAUGGUGUUGCAGGUGGGUUUGAAGCAAAAUCAAAGUCUAAAGUAAUCAAAAAAUCUUGUUGAAAGCAAUGAAACAGUUAACAUUAUGAAGUGUAAAAUGCGCGAUGGUCACCACAGAAGAUCGUAUUUACUCGCUGUUUAAAUCAUUGGACGAGCUGUACAAGCUUUUUUCUAAAUUUCACAAGUUACUGCAGCCAAAAAUCUGUAUGACGAAUCGCUAGAGAUCAAAAUAUUGAUUCAUUUUCGGUUUCAUUGGUUGUUGUUUUUGGCCUAGAAUUGACUCUUUGAACAGCUAAAACUUUUUAUGCUAAAGCUACAACGUAUUUUCAUUUUGAAUAUCCAAUUUGAAAAAAUCGGAACUUUUUUCAAAACUAACUGUUCAUGGUCGUUACUAGAACAGUUAAAAAUCGAAUUUUCAGGCAAUUUACCCGGUGGUUGCGAUGGCAAUUCCUCUCUUUUUCCUAGCGGCAGUUCCGUUUUUUCAUAGUGAAGAUGAGAUCAAUUUCUAUUGGCUUGGGAUGGUCGGCAUUGGAUUGGUGAAUUUGAUUCCAAUUUUGAACUCGCUUUCUGUCAUCUUUAUGAUUCCACAGUACCGAAAGGCAGUUUGCUGUUGAAAAAAUUGAAAAAUAGUUUUUUUUCGAUAUUACACUUGUAGAUAUUCUUUGAAAUAAAGAUGGCAUAAAUUUUUGAGAUUUUUUGUCAUUUUUUCGAAAAAAAAACUUUUGUGGUCUCCCAACCAAAAUUUGAAAAAUCGAGAAUUAUUUAAAAUUUUUUGAAAUUUCAAAAAAUUUCUUGAAAUUUCAAAACCCCAAUGAUUCAGAAUCCGUCUCGCCUUAACUCCAAUUUGAAUUCCGCAUUAUCUCGUUGCAUCGCGGGUCUUAACGCCGCGCUGAAAUUGACCGUCGCGCAAACAAAAGGUCUGAAUUUACAGUGGCCACUGAAUCCCAUGGCCAAGAGUUGUUUCAGGGAAUUAGCUGAUUCAUUCUCAUUCUUGGUUCGAACCGCAAACUCACUCUCUGCCUCUCUCUCCCACUCGGCAAACAAUGGGUUUCAGGUUUGAGGGCGAUCUGCGGAACGACUGCAACUGCUUGAUGACGUUUGGUAAUUAGUAGUUAGCGAGUGGGUAAAGGGGGUGGAAUAUCAGUCUGUCGGGAAAAAAUGAGCAUUCUGUUGCAUCAAAAAUCACAAUGCCGCCGAGAAAAUGAAAAAAAAAAUGAAUUGUGUCGGGGCAAAAUCUAAAUGAUUUUUUUCAGCCACGCAAUCGGCGCAGCGUCAUUGCGCUCUUUAUUUGAAUUUAUACAUACUGAUAGUAUUUUCAUAAAGUGCGUAGACUUUUUUUGCCUAUUGUGGCGGACGAACAGUGCACUUUGCCUUUCUCUUUUUUAUCGCGAACGCACCGUGCAUUUUCUUUCUCUGUUUUCCGCACAGAGAAAACUUGAAAAAACGGUUUUGUUUUUCACUGUGAACGAUUAGGCCAAAACGCAGCGAAAAAAGCCUAUUUCUCGGAAAUAUUUUGGCGCUAGGAACUGGCACAUUCUCAAAAUAAAAUCUAACCUCUGUUUGACAAACUUGCGCACAAUGAAACCUGUCUAUAACAAACAAUUUCAGAGGUCCCAAAGGCCAAGUUUAUGCCAAAAUGAACCUCAGUAUAACAAAACCUUUCUAUGACGAAUCAUUUUUUUAUUCUUUGCGGUUUGAUGCACAGAGGUCAUUUUUCAUUUUUUAUAUUUGGUUAUAGUCAGAGAUUGCCACGGCUCCGGAGCCGGCUCUUGGCUCCGGCUCUGAGCGGCUCCGGCUCCGAGCCGGGAGCCAGAGCCGGAGCCGGAAAUUUUGGGGUCGGCUCCGGCUCCCGAGCCCAAAGUCGGAGCCAGGCUUCCCAGCGGUCAGAAAAGUAAAAAUUUCGUGAUCUUGUUAAUCCAAAUUGCUUGAAAAAACACUGCGGAGGAUGUGACUUGGCUGCAAAAACGUUGGCUGUAUGAUCUCUGGCAUUAAGAAAUUUUACUUCUGAAAAAAUGUUUCACAAAAAUUUUGCAUAGGAGCCGAAGUUCGGAGCCGGAGACGUUUUUUAAAUUUUGCACGGAGCCGGGAGCCGGAGCCGGAGCUGCAAAUUUGGCCUCGGCUCCGGCUCUGGGAGCUAAGAGCCGGAGCCGGAGCCGAAAUUUUGACCGUGGCAAUCUCUGGUUAUAGUCGAUAAAUUUACCUCUUCUACUGGUAUAUUACUAUUUCAUUGAUUAAAUUUAUAAGUUGUAGUGUGUACCAUAAUUAUCUGUACAUAAAUGAAGCUAAAGUUCAUCCUUUUUUAUCCAGAAAGCUGGACCACCCUAUAUAAUCCAUCUUUAUAAAACCCCCUCAAAAAUCCCUUUUCCAAUCAUUUUUCGAGAUAUUUGAUAUUGACUUAAUAUUUAUUUAAUAUUGACCAGCCUUAUGUCCAUUCCUCUACGUCUUGUUUGCGCAAGAUAUAAGCCAUGUAAACGCUGAGCAUUUUUUUGAGUGAGUGAAUUGAACGCGUGUUCUACGGCUUAUUGCGUGCACUCGAAAUCAUCGAAAUUCACGAUGGAAAUUGGAUAGUUAUUCUUGGGAGGUUGAUUGAUUACUCAUUCGAAAUAAAUCCGCUUACGUCGCGCGUUGUAUUUCCGCCUUCUGGAGAUUGGGAGGCGAUUGGGGAAAGUGGAACAACUGACGUCCAUAGAGCUGAUUUUAGACGCCUGAGGGGUUGUUUGGGACUGUCAAUUUUAUGAUAUUUUUCAUCAUAAUAUAUACUUUGAUAUCUAUAUCUUUUUGGUCCCUUAUUCGACACUUUUCUCUCCCUAAUCUAUGACUUAAUGAAGAGUUCAAGAUCUAAGGAAAGUUUUUUUGAAACCAGAAAUCUCCAACGAAAUUCCAUCAAACUUUACGAACACAGUUUUCCUCGCGAUUUACUUUUCCUCCGCUCCAAACGAAGAGGGGAAACCCCUCAGGGUCUCAAGUGGCCGAAACGGACAAUGUCCCAAAAAUAUCGCUGGAAAGUAAUCUUGACCCCCAAGUCAUGAACCGAUUGCUGUUCAAGAGGCCUUCGUUGUAAUGGUGUUUUUUAUUUCGCUUUUUACUUCUGAACUCCAAAAAAUUUUUCGUCCGAUCUUUGAAGUUUUUCAAAAUUUGUUAUCGGUUUUUUGGACUUUUAAUUUUUUUUUGUAAAAUGCGCUUGUUUAAAAUUGUGGAAAUUAAAAAUUAAAAAAAAAUUUUUUUGAAAUUUUUUAGCUAAAAUGUUUUUACUAAUAUACGACGAUAGCCAACAUUUUUAACCAUAUUUUUUAUGCUCCUCGCCGUUGUAAAAUUUUUUUUUCACCUAAAAACCAUUUUUUCAGAAUUCCCCCCAGAUGAUUUCAUAUUGAAAAAAGUAUUCAAAUCUUUCAAGUAAUGCGACAGAUUCUAAUUUUACUCCCCAAUUUGGCGUUUUUGCCCGUUAUUUUGUCACAAAUCAGUCAGCAUGUCCAGCCGAAUCAGCCGUGCAAUCCGGAUUCGGACCUGCUUCUCAUGGAGAACAGGGCGUUGAGUCCGGCGGCGUAUUUGCGGUGUGUUGCGAUUGGAAUUGGGUGAGUUUUCCGGCAAGGUAUACAGUACAGGAGAAAGCCCAAAAUGUGGGAAUUUUGCGAAACUUGACGUAAAUUUGAAUUUAUUUUUUUCUGAAAAAUUUCAAGUUUUGUAGCUCGCGUAUUGCAGAAACAACCAAGAUUUUUGGCCAAAAAAUCGGCCUAAAUACGGCUCAUUCUAUGCAUGAAAAAUUUGCCGGCUUGGCAUAGAUACGGCCAAAAGGAAUUGCUCUUUCUUUGACCGCUCUCCGCAUUUCCCAGACUCUUUGACAAGAAAGAAUGUUGAAUAAGUUGGCUGCCCUUUCAAAGCGCGGACUAAGAUUUUCAGAAAUUUAUUGUGCGGCCUAGACCGAAAUAUCCCCCAAAAUUUUUAAAAAAUCCCAGAGUUGCACUUAUGGCGCUUCUCUUGUUAGCGCAAUUGGCCCUUACAUAGGCUCUAGGUGUUCUAAAGUAUGACGUGUUUUCCGAAAUCUCAACUUUCAGCGGUCUCGGUUAUUGGACUCAAAACUUCUGUCCAGCUGGUAUGGUCUUUGAGUUUCUGAGUCAACAGUGCAAAUAUCCGGCGGCGCCGACCAAUGAAAUUCAAAGUAACAGUGUUCGAAAGGAACUGGAACUCAUGAAUAUUGGUAAGCACUGCCUAAUAUUCAAUCCUUAAUUAAUUCUUAAACUUUUCAGCGAUUCUAAACGGCUCCUGCAUUCAUGGCGAGCAAUGUAUUGGAGGGACGGUCUGUGACCCAAUUCAAGGCCGCUGUCUCUGUCCGUAUGGAACUGUAGCCAAUUUGGAGACAUUGUCUUGUACCGCAACCCCUGCCUUGGGCUCAGUUCAGAUGCCUAAGCAGUCAGCGCCGGGUGAAAGUUGCGCCAAUGGGGAGAAAUGUUCGGGCGGCUCGAUUUGUGUCACUUCUUUGUGGAAGUGCCUAUGCCCUCAGGAGUUGGAGAAUGUUAAUGGGCAAUGUGUUCAGCCAACUUAUGCUGCUAGAGGUAAGGUGGAGAAUUAAGUCCGCGACGGAUUACUGCGAUAAUUUUACCGCUAAGUCUCCGUAAAAAAGUCUAGUCGGGUAUACAAAGAAAUUUUUAUGUCAUUCCCGACUUUAUCAUCCUUUUAAUCCGCCAGAAUCCAUUAUUCUUGCUCAAACGCUUUCCUACUCAAUUUUCAAACCUUCCAGCCUGAUCUCCAAAAAACCUCGGCUGAUAAUGACCCUAAAACCGCUAGUUAUCCUCGCUCUAAUCCCCCUUUUACCCACUCCAUUUCAGUUCCCUUGCAUGGCCAAUGCUCGGUCUCGGCGCAGUGCCCAGACGGGAGCUCCUGCGUUAACAAUCAAUGUCUCUGCAUCUCCCCUUACGUUGAGCUUCAAGGCGCGUGCGUUGAAGCGCAAAAGCCGGCGCAAAAGACGGCCGGACCAGGAGAACUUUGCAAUCACGGAGAAGUUUGUCAACGAGGCUCAGUGUGCGACUCCAAAAUCCCGGUCUGCGUUUGCCCGCCGGGCACGGAUUUGGAGAAUGGGGAAUGUGUUCAAGUUCGAACCACUUUGGCCGCUUUGAAUACUUUCUAUACUAAACCUACCAAAAGUAAGACUAACGACUUGUUUAGGUCCAAUUUUUUUGAUGUAUAUGCUACAUGUAAUGGCCGGAAGAAUCGUUUUUCUAACCCUUAUAAUCUCGUUUUAGCGUGGGUUGAUCCUCAAAAAUCAUAUGGCAAAUACGGCCCUCAACCGCCACAGCCCUAUCCCCAAGCUCCGCAGCCCCCAACAGUCCUCAACACUCGGCCUCAGUCUCAGGUCAUCUUUCCGUCUCAGCCGGCUCCGCCGCUUUAUACGGCGGUCCCUCCUCAACCAACCCCACAAACGGCCCCACCAACUCAAGCGCGGACUGUGCCCUCAUUUCCAACUCAACCGUUGACGGCGCCUGCGCGUUCGGUCACAAGCCGGCCCCAGAAUCCCUUCCGAAUCAUGUCGACGCAGAAGGUGGAAGUGGGCAAACCCUGCACGCUGAAUGCUGACUGCACUGCUGACGCUUACUGCAAUGGAAAUACAACUCCACCAACAUGCCAAUGCCUCUCAACGCAUGUGGAAAUCAACAGCAAAUGCGAGAAAAGUAAGUAAAAGGAGUUGAUUGUAAUCGAGUGUUAGUUAUGUACCCGGGUCAGACCGGUUGCAACGCCGAUAAGCAAUGUCAAGCAGCGUUCCCCGGGACCUCUUGUCAGAACGGUCAAUGUGUAUGCCCGCAGGGUCUUGUAGCCAAAGAACAGACUUGUGUUGUCGGUAGGUAGAUAAGGCUUUGCGAGUGUUCUAACUGUGUGGCUUGAAGUUACAGUACCUAAUUUUUACAACCUAAAAUCUCCCUUUAAACCUCAAACUCAUAAUUAUAACGUCACUAACUCCCUCCUCUAACCCGCUUUCCCGCUUGCAGUGUACAAAACGCCUGGCCAAAGUUGCGAUGGCGCCUCCAAGAGCCAGGAAUGUAUCCUGGGCGCCGAGUGCAUAGACUCUCAAUGCGAAUGCAUUCCGCCUCUACUCAACUGGAAACACCGUUGUGUCCAUCGCGAUGACAUUCACUUGUAUCCCAACGAAACCAUGGCUUGUGUGGAGACGCUGGAUUGUCCAACUGGCUUCAGUUGUCUUCAAGGAUCUUGUCAAUGCGGGCUCGGCUCUGUCUUGCAGAAUGGUCGAUGUCUGAUGGAUCCUUUGCGAUCUAUGCAGUUUGAGCCAACGACUAGCGAGUAUGGUCUAGAUCUGAUGAAUAACACGGACUCUGAAAAUGCAGGAGAAGGUUUGGGGCCUGCUGAUUCGUUGUUGCUCUCCAAACAAGCCGCGGAGAGUCUGGAGAAGAUUUUCAACGUCCUAAUAAAGAUGAAGCUGGAUUCGAUUGAUACGGAGAACAGGGAAAAGGACAACAGCACCAUAACAGAGCCCAAUGAGUUUCUAAAUUCGACCUUAAAUGAUGAUCUAACUUCUCUUCCGGAUUCAUCGCUUCUUUGGUUCCAAGAUGGGCCCAAAGAAAUCCAUGAAAUGUCGCUACAGUCAUCGCAAAUCGAGUUCUCAAGAAGGAAACGGUCGGUGGGAGCGAGCGCGAAAAUUGUUGGAGAACCAUGUUUAGAAGGGGAUAUUUGCCUUAACGGAACUUCUUGUAUUAAUGGAACUUGCUCCUGUCCGCCGGAGUAUGAAAUGAAGGUUCGUUUUGAGUUCUAAUAGCCAAACAAGAGCCUUUGAGUCGGCUGAAAUCUAUGUCUCCAGUAAUAAAAUCUAUUUUCAGAGCGGAAAAUGCCGUAAAAUCUCAAGAAUCGUCGACUUGAACCAACGAUGCGACGUCUCCGUGGAUCAUUGCAAAAACGGCGCCGACUGUCGUCGUGGGAUUUGCGUAUGCGUUGACGGAGCCCUCGAGCAAGCGCAGAAAUGCCGACAACGAGUUGGUGGCUCGUGUGCGCACGGCGAAGAAUGUACAGGCGGCUCCGAAUGCGACAAAAAGUCUUCCAAAUGUGCCUGUCCUACCGGUUACUUUGAGGAGAAACGGAAAUGCGUGAGAAAACUGUCGAGUGUCGGGGAAUCUUGCAGCGACGGAGAGUUGUGCACUGGGAGCGUAUGCAAGAACGGGAAAUGCGAAUGCGCUUCGGAGGAUUACGAGGUGAUGGAUGGGAAAUGCGUCCGGAUUCGGAUGGUUCAGGAUAACACAACCUUGCUUCAUAGUCCACCCAAAAAGGAGAGGAGUACAACGACAACGAUAAAGCCAAAAACCAAAUCCAAACCAAAGUCAACAAAACAGAAUAAAAAUAAGGGAAAGAAGAUGAGUAGUUUGCCAGUUCCUCCGCCACAGUUGGCCACAGCGAAGCCCGGCCAAAUGUGUGCCGAUGGCGAGGCUUGUAUGGGCGGAUCGAUUUGCAAGGACGGCAUUUGCAGUUGCUCCGAUGAGGAGAUCAUUGUGGAUGACAAGUGUGUGAGUAGCGACGGAGAAGCUCUACAGGUAAGACUUGAUCUCAAGGCACGAUAAGCUAGGGUUCCAGAGAUUUCACUGUGCUAUUUCCAGGCUAUAGAACGUAUCACAAGAUCAGCUCCGGGCCAACUUUGCACGGACGAGACUAUUUGCACUGGGAAUUCGAUUUGCGUUGCCAAUGUGUGCGUAUGUCCGGAGGGCUCAACUCUAUUCCAAAAAGAAUGUCUGAAACGAGGACAGGGUAGCGAUAUCAGCUCGAUGAAGUCGCAGUCCAGCUUGUUCAACAUAAACGCUCUGGACGCGUUGGAUAGUGCCGUCAAGACCGUCGUUCCGGGUGCAAUGUGCAAGCUCUCCCUCGAAUGCCCUUACCGGACCGAAUGUAUUCGCGGAGUGUGUCGAUGCCAACGUGGCGAAACCAUCGUCAACGGGAUGUGCCGAAAAGCAAUUCAUGAGGUUCCGCCUGGUGGUCGUUGCGAUGCCCAAAAAGGUCUUGACUGUGUGGGAGAGUCGCAUUGUUUCUACGGAAUCUGUGUCUGCUUGUAUGGGUUGGUCACUACCGCACAUGAAUGCGCUUCUUCCGAAGUUUUAAAGAUUGCGGAUCCGGGCGAGUCUUGCGAAUUGAGUCAGCAAUGCGGCGGAGGCUCUGAAUGUGUGCGCGGGAUAUGCGAAUGUCCCAAAGACAAAGUUUUGGAUGCCGAGAAGUCGCAAUGUCUCUCUAAGCCAUCGAAAGGCUUCUUUUCGUAUCCGGACGGAAAAACGGAUGGCGAGAAGCCAGACAAUCUGAUCUACGGGAAUCCGGAUGAGAUCCCACAUGGUCGAUUCAAUCAAAUCCUCUCUGCGAAGCAGAUGAGCAUCAACGUCGUGGACCUGGAGACGCUCAAGUCGCUGAUCGGUGGUCAAUUCUCGAAGCUGGGCGGGAAUGGGGAGAAGUGCGACGACAACUACUGCACGAGCGGAGCAAGAUGCGUAAGGGGUUUAUGCCAAUGUCCAGACGGUUAUCAGGAUGAAAACGGCUACUGCCAGCCCUCGGACCAGAACGCGAACAGCCAAGCCGGCGGCGGCGCGAACGCGGUGAACGGCGAGGAAUACGGUGGUGGCCAGCAGGAGCUGCAACAAGGUCAGGGACUGGAUCAACAGCCCUACACGCAGGUAUGUUAUAGCUCUAGCUCUUUCACGUAAUAGGAAGCGUUGUAUCAGCAGUAUCAACAACAGCAGCAGCUGCAAAACAUGCUGUAUCAGCAGCAGUUGUAUCAGCAGGCGGCGCCAUCAGCACUUUAUGUUCCUGGCAAUGGCUAUGGAAGCUUUAUGCCCGCGAUGCCCGGAUCAUUUUGCUCACCGAAUACCUAUUGCUACGGCGGGUCGUCAUGCUUGAAUGGGCUGUGCAUGUGCCGGCCGGGGUAUCGAUCCAUCAAUGGAGUUUGCCAAGUUCACAGGGUCGCGCUGGGCGAUCCCUGUGCAGUUAAUGAACAAUGCGUUACAAAUGGAAUAUGUCAAGAUGGAGUGAGUCAAAAUCGGGUAAAAUAAUGUCUGUUUAGGUAUGUUCAUGCGGUCGUGGCAUCCAUUUCCGCCAUCGUCAUCGGUGCCCGGACCGGGUAACGGCCCGACCAGGAGAGGAAUGCACCAAUAAUCAAGUCUGCGCCUUCAAUUCGGUUUGUGGAACCACCAGCGGGGUAUGCGAAUGUCCUGUUGGGCUCGAGACGACAGUGUCCAGAGGAGCCGGUGAAUGUGUCCCCACGAUGAGACCACGAGGAACCAUAUGUCUGGCUUCCGGACAAUGUCACAAAAACAGUUACUGCGACAACGGCUUUUGUAUGUGCAAGUCCGGAUUUGUUGUCGGACCCGAUGGGAUAUGUCUUCCCCAACCCAAGGCGGUAGUCGACGAUCCGAAUGUCUUUAUGAGUCCGGAGCAUCAUCAUCCUCCCGAAAUCAACUUCCAUCCCAAAAGCGUGGAAGCCUUCCAUUCCCGAAAGAAACUUGUGACUCCAACGCCACCUGAGAUGAAGGCCGAGAAGCGCGUUCAUACAGUUGUUACUUCAGCCCCAGGAGAGUUUUGUGCCACAACAAAAUUAUGCUCCGGAAAUGCUAUCUGCGUUCACGGCUACUGUAAAUGCCCGGAUGGAACAAAAGUUAGCGGGCGACGUUGUGUAGCGCCAGUUGCCCGCAAUAUCCGCCGAAGUCCAACGCAACGGCCGCCCUACUCCCCGCCCCGAAAUGAGAUCAUGUUUGCGCCGUCAAAGAAGACGAUAAACAUUAACGAACUCAGCCAGCUAGUUCAGCCCUUCUCCAGAUGCGACUUGAAAAAGCAAUGCGUUGAUGGAGCGAUAUGCGCGACAAUUCCGUCGAUUGGAAAGGUGUGUAUCUGCGAUCCAAGCCGCAUCUUCUUCAUGGGAAUCUGCAUUAAGAAGCGCGAAGACAUCAAGGUUGCGAGGAUCGGCGAUCGUUGCAACAUCCAGCAUAUUUGUGAGAACGGCUCGGAGUGUGUGCGCGGGGUUUGUCGCUGUCCAUUGGAGCGUCGUGAGAAGUCCGGGUUCUGUCUGCGCGAAGCGAAACCCGGCGAAAGUUGUCAGCAGGACGAGUUCUGUGCUCCAAAUUCCGUCUGCCGCACCGAGGUCGGUGCCUGUGUUUGUCCGGUGGGCUCGUCGGCAACAGAUGCCGGUUGCACUCGAAACGCCAAAGUCCCAUAUCACAAGCUGAAAGAAGUGAAGAACGCUUUGCCAGGCCAACUGUGCGAUACGAAUCUCAAAUGCACCAAUGGCUCCAGAUGCACCGGGUUCGGGUUCUGCGAGUGUCCGCAAAACUUUGCCCUGGUGCAUAGUAUGUGCAUAGAGGCGGACAAAGUCAGACGUCCCGGCGAACAAUGCAAUCCGGACACCACGAUUUGCACUGCGAAUUCUUGGUGCAAGGACGGAUGGUGCAGAUGUUUGAACAAACAACAUCCCCAUGAUGGCAAAUGCGGGUUUACCUAUUUGGAUGUGAACGUUGGAGCACCGAAUACGAUGCAUCAUCCAUCGCUGGUGGGGAAUUAUUUGAGUCAUCUUCCAAAGCACGAAAACGGCGACGAGUACAGUCCGAAUCUUAACCCGCCUCCAAUCGUCUUCCAAACGAAGAGCAAUGGACCAUUUGCGGCGCCCAAGUAUGUGUUGCCCAUGCACAUGAGCAGCGAAAUACCUGACGGUCUACAUAAUGUCACAAUAAUUGAGAAGCCAACAAACGAAUCCAUUUUUGAACCAAUUAUGGAUUUUUCCCAAGACAAUGAAGGGGUUUCGGUGAAUAGUAUCAACUCUAUUGACUUCAAUCCUCACAACCCAGUCCUGAUUCCUCAUUUUAUCCCAACCACAAUGCGACCUCGACCGCUGAAGCCAAUCAACUCAAAUACUUUUCCAUUUAACACAAAACACACCCAGAUUCCAUUGCCUUUACCGGGGAACGAUCAUAUCAGGGUGUUCAAACUGGAACACAAAUGUAUCACCAGCAUUGACUGCCCAAUCGGAUCGUAUUGCAUGUACUCGAGAUGCUUCUGUGACAACCUACCACUGAGAAAUACUACAAGAGUGACUGCGGGGACUUGUCGGACCUCGCAAGACUGCAUUGAGCCGCUGACUUGCGUUGGAGGAAUGUGUAUUUGUGUGCCCGCUGCAACAGCUUCGACGAAAACCACAGCUUCCACAAAGAGGCCAAAAGCGAUGACCGAUGUCAGCGUUCAACCAAAAAGGCCAACAACGGGACGCUCAUACAAGCGAAAGACAACAACGACAACUACCACUACCCCGUCAACCAUUGAAGAGGAAAUCGAGGAGGAAUUUGAGGAAUACGAAGACUUCAGCGAGGAAGAAGUGACAACGGAAACCUCAAAACGUCGUGCGUUGAAGACCACGACACCAAACGUACCGUCUGUCUACGUGAAGUGCAACAACUCCAGACCCUGCGCGUUGGAUGCGGAAUGCCGUAGAGGUCGCUGCGUCUGCAUUGACCCGAUGAAACGGCUGGCUUUUCGCGAAGGACGACCGGUGUGCGAGUUCGUGAGAGAAAAAUUUCCGACCACAACGCCCGAUCCCAUUGAGGAAAUCGUUACGCCACCUCCAAGGCGAGGCGAGAUUGGCUGGAAAUGCGAAUUCAGCGCGCAAUGCAACCGACGGCUAACUUGUGUGCAAGGCAUUUGUUUAUGCGUCUCGGCUGUCGACAAUCCGUGCGGACAUGAUGUGAAAGGCAGAGUUGGAGGGACAACUCCGGUUGUGCCUACGGUACAUUCUCGACUGCUCGAGAGCAAGUUGGUCAAACGGCCAAAGCGAGGUAACCAAACAUUUCACAGUCGCACAGGUUACGGGUAAGGCAAGGAGGUACAGAUUCGCGCUGAACAAAUUGGUUUCUGUUUGCUUGAACUAACAGUGUGCUGUUCUGUACUAACAACUAACCCCACUAAUGUUGUGUAUGACAAAUUUCAUGUAUCAAUUAUGUGAUUACAGAGAAAACAACUGAAAUUCCACCGGGCGGUAGCUGUGCGGCAGGCGAAAAAUGUGUUGGCGGCUCGGUGUGCCAUCGCGGAUGGUGUGUGUGUCCCGAUCCGCUGAUGGUGAUCUACGGGGGAGAGUGUAGGAAACCAACAUACCAACAGGUCUCCGCGUACGGUCGACCAUCCAGUCCGGCUGCUCCUCCUCCGACACAAGCCACUCAACCGCCUACCCGACCUCCGCAACAACAGGAGACGGUAGCGCAACAAGUUUACGGGACUUUGUCCGGAAACAGAGUCAACUCUGCUCCCUUGAAUUCCAUGAAGUCUGCGAACGGAGGAAACCUGCUGCAGCCGCGAACGAUUGCGCCGGGAAAACAGUGUGGUAAACAUUACCUUGAAAUACAGUCAAGUCUCCGUACAACAAAGCACAAAGGCUAAAAAAUAUUACAAUUCCUUAAAGGCUUCGUUGUAACCUAAAAAUUUAGCCUUGACACCAUCAAAAUGGUUCUUUAUAGAGAGGCUUUGUUGUAUGAAACUUCGUUGUGCAGAGCUUCUAGAGUACUGUAAAUGCAUUAAAAAUUUGUUUUAGGCCCUCUUGACCAAUGUGCUGGAGGUUCGGUUUGUGUAAGUGGCUACUGCUUGUGCCCAUCCGGUAUGGCACCAGAUGCAAAUGGAAUAUGUAAACCACGGGGAAAUGUCGCGCAGAAACCGGUGUUGGCCGAGGUUCAACAUCAGAGUGAGUUCGCUAAUCAAAACGUUGCUGUUGAGUAUAACUUAAAGCGAGUGUAACAAAAGGGCGUGUAGAGGCGAUACAGCGGUGUAAUAAAAAAUAAUCGACUAAACCAACGUAAUAUCAUAUAAAAAGAGAUAUUCCUAAUCACCGAGUUGUUGUAACCCCAUAAAAUCACUAUCGAGAUGACUGGUGAGGCCACGGAAGCUAAUGUCACCAAAAUUAGGUCCGAACCAACAACAGCUUUAGGUCCCGCAAGUUUUGCCUACGACAACACCCGACCCGCUUUUACCCUCAAGCCUAUUCCUUUCGCUUUUAACCCGUCCAUCGCUAAAUCCCCCCAACAAUUGGACGAAUGUCAAGAGAUUGGGCUGCAUUGCAAGGGCGGCACAAUAUGCGUCGAUAAGACCUGCCAAUGCCCAAUGGAUCAGACCAUGCUCAACGAUGAAUGUGUUCCGUUACCGCCCCGAUCUUCCUUGGACGAAUGCCGUCACUUCCAUUCGAUGCGGAGCGGAAAGUUGACGGCCGCCUCUACCGCCCUUUUGAACUCGCCGUUUUGCCAAAAAUACGCUUACUCGAGGUGGCCGAGGAGGGCGCCCAAACGUUUCAACAGCACAUUUGACUUGAUUUCAGAGCUAGUCUAUGCCAGACCCACCGAAAGCUGCGCCAGCGGCGAGAUUUGCACUGGUGGCGCGAUUUGUCAACAACGGACUGUAAGUUUGGGGAUGGCAAAAAGCAGGUGUAAUUACAAUAAACUGUUUAGAAAUGUGUCUGCCCUGACAACAAACCAAUCAUUCGCAACUUUAUCUGCAUUGAACACCCAAAUCCAACAGCAGUACCGAAGUGGGCAUGCGAAGGGGACGUUAAAUGCCCCGAGAACUCAACGUAGGUCAUUCAAAACAGCUCCCACUCUAUUUCUAGUUGCGAUGGCGGCGAUUGUAAAUGCCAAGAUGGAUAUGUGAAACAAGGGGACAAGUGUGUCAUGUUGCCAAGAGAGAAGAACGGAGAAAAAGUUGGUCUCCCGCCAGGUAAGCGAAUCGUCUUUUAAGGUUAAAACCUGCAUCGCAUAUCUCUAAUACAAGCUUCGUUUACAAUGUUGUUUAGCAAGGCCAACACAAUCGCCGCCCAAGGUGAUAAAGCCUACUAACCCGCCGGCUUCGAAUGUAGUUCUAACCCCCGCUGAGGUGCUUAAAAUUCAACAAGCGCGGCUGCAACAGUACGCCAUCGAGCAACAAGCGCAGCCCCCGCAUUCGAAUGUUGUACGACUUCAGCCGCGCGCCGUCCCACGGAUAUCGGGCCCUCGGUUGCAGCGGCCGACACCUCGGCCGGAAGAGACUUUUUCUAUCGCGAAUGGCGCCAAGGACAUCAAAGAGCUUGGCGCUGACAACGCCAAAGCGAACUGCCCGCCGGGAGUGUCGCCACUGUACGACGACGAGAGCGGACGGCUACGAAUAUGCAAUGGAAUGGAACCCCAUUGUCCGCCCCGCUCCUAUUGCUAUGUGACGGGGAUGGCGUCGGCGGACUACAACUGCUGUAAAGUCUGAUAUAUGUAUACUUCAACAACACACAAAAUCUCAUUGGCCAUUUGUUACAAUGUUGUGCUUUACGCUUUCCAAACGCUUUUCUAACUUAUUCGAUAUAUUGUACAGACGAGAAAUAAAGAGCUUUCUAAAAUCUGCUCUGGCGCUUUGGAUAGUCCUUCAAGGGUCUUUAGAAUUACAAAGGAUUAGAUCGUUAUGAGUUUCCGAAUUGCAAUGUUUUAGCUCAUAAAUACGCCAAACCCGGCCGUCUUUGCAAUCAAGGCCAGCUGUGUACUGGUGGAUCGAUCUGCGACAGCUCCUCGAAGGUUUGUUGGUGUGCGAAACGCCACACCAUCGUUAACGGAACCUGCACCAACAACACAAUGUCAUCAGUUCUGGGGGAAAACUGCGACGACAAAAAGAGUUGUCAAUCAGGCGCUGUUUGUGUCGAUGGUGUAUGUAAAUGCCCCGAGGGAUAUAUUGAAGAAGAGGGGUUCUGCACCAAACUUGGUAAGGUGAACGAGACAGCAGUUUAUUAUAUUUAUUAUGCCUUUAGUUCAACGAAAACGAUUCAAGUCGUAUCGCUAUUAUGAGCCAACUCUAGGGGCUGCAAGAUGUCAGCCAGAGCUGUGUCGACCGCCCGACUGUUUCUGCUCUCUAACCGGUAAGUACAAGUAUUUGUAGCAUAAUUUUCUUCAGGCCGAACACCUCCAAUCAACGUCCCAAAAGACCAGCUUCCUCAAAUCGUCGUCCUAACCUUUGACGAUCCCGUUAACGACAAAUCAAUGCGUGAUUACGUUGAGAUCUUCCAGUUUAUCAAUUUCACAUCUCCUAGUGGCUGCUCCGUAAAAGGAACCUUCUUUGUCUCCCACGAAUGGACCAACUACAAUCAAGUGGAGCAGUUGGCUGACCAUGGCCACGAAUUGGCUUCGAAUUCAAUUACGUGGGUCUGAAUGGACAUACGGCUAGAGUCAUUGAAAAAUACUAAGGUUUUAUGUUUCAGUCAUCGUCUGUUAACCUUCGCCAAUUACUCCGACUGGCUGAUCGAGAUGGAUGGACAGCGGAAAAUGUUGGCACGGUAUGCAAAUGUGGACGAAAGUCAAAUUAUUGGAAUGAGAGCUCCACAACUGGGCCUCGGUGGAGAUUUACAGUACAAGGUGCGUUACAGGGGGCAUUGUCUUUUUGAGAAGCUUUACUGUAAUGAGCUGUAUCGGAAUUUAUGGACAUCAAUUUUUCGGUGCUUAAUGUAUAGCAAUAGUAUUAUACAUAGUACUUGAUUCCCAGCUCUUACUACCCUAAUAUCUCGUUCAGAUGGCCCAGCAAUCCGGCUUUAUCUAUGACAAUUCCAUUAGCGUCGAUUCCGGGAUAAAUUGGGAACCCUUCUGGCCCCAGACCCUGGAUUACUCACUGCCUUUUGCCUGCGAAUCCGAUCACUGCCCUCGAUCCUCCAUACCGGGUCUGUGGAUGAUCCCCAUGAACGUUUAUUAUGGCCACACCUUGAAGUCGCCGAUGCUUCAAGGAAUCUUGGCUGGAGACGAAGACGAUGCCGAGAUUCUUCGACUAUUGGACAUGAACUUCCAGCGAUAUUACACUAGGAACAAGGCACCGUUUGUGAUAAAUCUGAGCAACGAUUUCUUGCAAAGGGAUGGGGGCGUUGGAAUGAGGGCGUUGAAAAGGUUAGUACAGAGAAAAUUAAGGGCAAAAAGUCACCUUAACGUGUUGUUUUUCUUUGUAAAAUACGCGCGUCAGAACCAACGAGACCUUUUCAGUUUCCUCCUGCAACUCCAUCAGCUCCCGGACGUCCAUUUCAUGACUCUCCGAGAACUUGUGGACUGGAUGAGAGCCCCGCUGACCCAUCAACAACUGCUGACCAAACGACAAUGCGGACUGUACAGCUACACUCCCCCAAUUGUACCUCGAACUUGCUUGUCGCCGAACAAGUGCAUGUACAACACACCGUAUUUGGGGCAGUCGGAGCAUAUCUUUUACACCUGCAAUCGAUGCCCUCUGACGUAUCCGUGGAUUUAG